UAUUAACAAGUUAAUGUUCACGUUCAGAAGAGUAAUUAAUCCUUUCAUAAGCUCUAAACAGGCCAGCUCGCGAACUUAGGUCAACAAGCCACCGAGUCAAGUUAUCUCACGAGCUUAUCAAGUUGAGUAUGGUCUAGCUCAACCUUGACUCGUUUACUAACGAGUCGGCUCACGAGAUGGCUUGUUAAACGAGUUUUCCCCCGAUUCGAACGCCGAAUUGCUCGCGAGCGAUUUGGCUCAUUUGCAGCCCUACACUCAACAAUCCACCAUUUUGAAAUGUUGGAAGAGAAAAUAAAUAAAUGACUUCUCAAUCGUGAUCCCGUAAGAGUCUGUUACAUAUAAAUGCUUAUUCAACGUGUAGAUGAAGAGGCUUCCAAAGCUUAUGAAGAGCUUUACUUCCUACUAUAUCAUUAGAUUCUCAACAUGAUAAGAGGCAGGUAUCUAAUGCAAUGAGUAUGUAUCUCAAUUCUCUAGAGAGGGGGUUUUGGAUCCCAUUUUAUGGCCUCAUGCAUGCUAUCUUGUUUGUUUGUUUCAAUGCAAAGACAUUCAUGAAAUGACUUGGCAUCUUGCAAUGUUCGUUUAUGCCCUGUUCACUUCCCAUUUCAUUUUCUGUUUUCUGGUUAAAAAAUGAAAAUCAGGAAACAAAUGGACAUAAAACGUGUUCACUUGACAAUUCCAUUUUCCUUGGAAAAACCCAGUUAUUACAAAUGGGAAAACCAUUAAUACUCGUUUUCCGAAUAGAAUGAGACGGGUUAUUGCCCCUUUUCCCAGCGGAAAUCAUCCGCUCUACAUUAAUGAGAUCGGCCGUUCGAAUCACCGCGGCUCCUUUUUUUUCCCAUUUUCCUCUGUUACCCUAUACGGCGCCGUUUUGGAAUUUAUUUCAUCCACCCAACCCUAACCCUAGAAGAACUAUGCUUCAGCCGACCCCUUUGAACUCCUCCCAUAGCAAUCGGCCGCCGACCCCUCUGAACUCGCCCCAUCGUCUUCUCCACCCAAACCACCCACCAGCAGCCCCAUCGUCUUCCUCCGCCAGCAUCGCGCCGCCAUCAUUUUCUUCUCCCUCGCCAGCCCCGGCCGCCACCAUCUGCGAGACGAAGGAUUCCCGACGCGAGAAGAACCAGCCGGCCGCCAUCAUUUUGCUUCUCCCUCGCCAGCCCCGCGCCGCCACCAUCUGCGAGACGGAGGAUUCCCCGACGCGAGAAGCACCAGCCGGCCUCCAUCAUUUUUCUCUCCCUCGACAGCCCCGCGCCGUCAUCAUCUGGGAGAUGGAAGAUUCCCCGAGACGAGAAGCUCCAGCCGGCGGAAAUGGCUGCUGCUAGCUACUCAUUUCAGCAGAAGCAACACCGAAGAAGCUUUCCCCUUCUCGAAUCCUCAUCAAUCGAACAGAGAAGCGCCUGGCGAUUACUCCUCCGAAGUUGCUAGCCAUUCCUCCUCCAGCCGCACAUCGUCCUCCUCCUGCUGUCACCCAUUCCAGUAGAAGCAGCACCGAAGGAGCUUUCCCCCUCUCAAUUCCUCCUCCGAAGCUGCUAGUGACACGAUCCAGGUACUUACUCUUCCUGUGAGUGACACGAUCCAUGCUUGCUUGUGAUGAUGAAUUGUACUGGUUUGGUCAUGUUUUGUGUUGCUGAGUUUGAAUGGAAAUAUUAUGGUGGAUGAAAGAGUUUGAAUGGAAAUAUUAUGGUGAAUGAAUUGAACAAUGGACA